AAAUUGAUAAUAUUCUACGUUAAUUCAUUUACUUUGAUUAUCGCAAGAUUCAUUAGUGCCUGUAUAGUUAUAUGUUACGUUGUUAUACGUAUAUAGACUAAUUAAUAAACAAGUGCUAAUAUUAUUCAUGAAGUUAUUAUGUAAUUGUUGCCGAAAAACUUGCACUAGUGUUUAAAACUAUACGAAAAGGAUUGCAGCUACUUAAAAUAUGGCUUUUCGUUAUAUUAUUAGAAGUGUAGGCUUAAAAUCAAAUUUAAUAACUAAUCACUAUCGAUAUAUCUCCUGUUGGUCAUGUGGUACUAAUAUAAAUAAUUUAAUAGCGAAUUUGUUUUGUUCAAAAUGCAAUGCGUUACAACAACCUGUUAAAAAUGAAAGCUACUUCAAGAUCAUGGGGUUAAACGAGUCAUACGAUUUAGAUGAAAUUGAACUUGCGAAAAAAUUUAAGGAACUUCAGAAAUAUCUUCAUCCUGACAAAUUUGCUAACAAACCAGAGCAAGAACAAGAGAUAUCGGAAAAAUAUUCAUCAUUAGUGAACGAAGCAUAUAAAACUUUAUUGGAGCCAUUAGCUAGAGGUAUUUACAUGUUGAAACUAAGAGGUAAAGAAAUACCAGAAAAUACAGAAGUUGACCAAGAAUUUCUUAUGAUGAUUAUGGAGAAAAAUGAAGAAGUAGAAAGUGCAGACUCGGAGGAAGAAAUUAUGAAAUUAAACAAAGAGAAUAAAACAAUAAUGAAAGAUUUACAGAAAAAAUUGUCUAAAGCAUUUUUUGACGGUGAUUUAAAUAGAGUUGCAAAGUUAUUGAGUCAAAUGAAGUAUUAUACUAGUAUUGAUAACCAAAUACAAAAUUUAAUUCGUAAUAAAGGCAUUAUCAGAUAA